AUGCCAUGCACGGCAAAUGGGUUAUAUGUGGUGCAAGGAGAAAUGGCUAUUCUCCUUGCUGCUAUGAGAAAAGAAAAUCGUUGGCCUUCUCAUACCAUGCAGGAUUUGAGUCAAAAUGUGUUGAUUCAAAGUUUUAACGAUUUAAAAGAUGUUUUAAAUCAAAUAGGAGAUUUAAAAGAUUUGGAUCCUAAUCAUUAUUUUGAUCCAUUUUUGGAAGUGAUUAGAGCAGGAGAAACAACAGGCCCAGUAACUAGUCUUGCACUAUCUUCAGUUCAUAAAUUUUUAUCUUAUGGCCUCAUCGAGCCAUCGAAUAAAUCUGUCCCGAGCACAUUAGAAAAUAUUGCAGAUGCAGUUACCCAUGCUAAAUUUGUUAGUAUCGAUGAAAAUAGUGAUGGAGUAGUUUUGAUGAAAAUAUUACAAGUUCUAAGAACAUUAGUUCUUUCUCCCCUAGGUCAUAUGCUUACUAAUGAAAGUAUGUGUGAUAUUAUGUUAGGAUGUUUUAGAAUUUGUUUUGAACAUAGGCUGACAGAGCAUUUAAGAAAAUCUGCAGAAUUUUGUCUUAAAGAUUUAGUUCAGCAUUUAUUUUCUCAACUAUCUGAAUUCACGGAUGAUUCUAGAAAUUUAAAUCAAGUUAAAAAAUUUAAAAUGAUCAAUGGUGCGGUUGAUUCUUUAACUUCCAAAAGAAAAAGAAAAUCCAAGUUAAAUCAAAAUAAAAUUACCAAAGAAUCAAAAUCGUUACAAAUGAAAACGGAAGAAUCGAAAGGGAUAAAUAAAAAAAAUACUGAGAAAAUUUUAGACAUGCAAGGUGAAAUCCAUCAGGAAAGCGUUACCAAAGAUAGUGAAAUAAGCGAACCUGUCGAUUCAGAAUCAGUGCAAUUACAGGAUGAUGUUAAUUCGAAAGAUGUUGAGAAUACUGUCACAAAUAUGGAUGAACCUUUAGAAAAUAAUUCAUCUUGCAUAAUAAAUGUUGAAAAUUCUGAUAACUUACCUUCUCCAAUCGUAGAAACUGCAUUAGAUGCUGUCGACAAAAAUGCUUCAUUUACAGUUGAUACUUGUACCUCUUUAUCAAAUUCUUCAACGAGAGGAAUCGAGAAGUUAGAUAAAACUGGUGAUCCACAAUUAUCCAGUCAAGAUUAUGUUAAUCCUCAGGGUGUAAGAUUUACUUCUGAAAUUAGCGAAUUAGAAAAUGAAAAUCAGGGAAAACUUCUACCCUACGGAUUGGGAUGCAUUCGAGAACUUUUUAGGUUUUUAAUUUCACUGUGCAAUCCUUUGGAUAAGCAAAACAAUAAAAUGAUGAUUCAUUCAGGUUUGACGCUGUUGGGAGUAGCAUUUGAAAUUGGAGCAGACGCCAUUGGGAAACACGAAUCACUUUUGGUCAUGGUUAAGGAUGAACUUUGUAGAAAUUUAUUUUCUCUGCUUCACGAAAAAAAAAUUUAUAUAUUUGCAUUAAACGUUCAAGUAUUGUUUUUACUUUUUGAAUCGUUGAGAACGCAUUUAAAAUUUCAAUUGGAAUUUUAUUUGAUUAAAUUAACGGAAAUGAUUGUUUCGGAUUCGCCAAAAAUCAGUUACGAUCAUAGAGAAAUAGCCUUAGAAUCUGUCGUUCAACUCUGGAGAAUUCCAGGACUCGUCACCGAACUUUAUUUAAAUUACGAUUGUGAUUUAUAUUGUCCUAAUCUAUUUGAAGACCUCACAAAACUUCUUUCAAAGAAUGCCUUCCCCGUGGAUGACGUCUACAAUACUCAUUUACUUUCUCUCGCUGCUUUACUUACAAUUGUCGAUUCAAUCGAGUGCCAUUGCCACAAUAGGAUAGUCUACGAGAAACAAAUGGAAAACAGUAAUAGUAAUUCCGACGAUUUGAAAAGGGUUUGCAACGUGAAAAUAGGUCGUCAGAAAAUUUCGAAAAACAUUCCGAGUCACGAAGAAUUGAUGGCUAUAAAGCGAAAAAAAAAAUUACUCACGUCCGGUACGGAGCAGUUCAAUGCAAAAUUUAAAAAAGGUAUUGAAUUCUUGCAAGAACACCAUCUUCUUUCGACUCCAUUGGAACCUCAGGAAGUCGUGCAUUUUCUAAGAGAAAAUCCCAGGUUGGAUAAAAAAAUGAUUGGAGAUUUUAUCAGCAACAGGAGCAACCUUGAAAUAUUAAAUGCAUUUGUUAGGCAAGUAUCUUUUGAUUUUUCGGAUUUGAGAAUUGACGAAGCUUUACGUCUUUACCUUGAAACUUUUCGACUUCCCGGUGAAUCCCCUUUGAUAUCUCUCAUCAUGGAACAUUUCGCCGAACAUUGGCACAAAUGUAACGGAGAGCCUUUCGUCAACGCGGAUGCAGCUUUCACUUUAGCUUAUGCGGUUAUAAUGUUGAACGUCGAUCAGCAUAAUCACAACGUCAAACGUCAAAAUAAUCCGAUGACGGCGGAAGAAUUUAAAAAAAACCUGAGGAGAGUCAACGGAGGUGAAGAUUUCGAUCAGGAAAUGUUGGACGAAAUAUACAACGCAAUCAAAAAUGAAGAAAUUGUUAUGCCGGCCGAACAAACCGGAUUGGUAAAAGAAAAUUACUUGUGGAAAGUUUUGCUCAGGAGAGGAGCUAGCAAGGAUGGGAUAUAUCAUCACGCACCCAACGGAUUAUACGAUCACGAUUUAUUUUCACUAAUAUGGAGUCCGACGAUAGCAGCAUUGAGUUGCCUUUUCGACAAAAGCAAUGAUAUUUCGGUUUAUCAAAAAGCUAUGUUGGGAUUCAGAAAAUGUGCCACCAUCUCGGCUCACUACGGAAUGAGUAACGAUUUCGACAAUUUGAUCGUUUCCCUGUGCAAAUUCACGAAUUUAAUCAAUUCGUCGGAUUCUCCUGAAAGCGUGACCAUCGCCUUCGGUUUGAACUUGAAAGCGCAGUUGGUAACGAAAACACUAUUCGAUUUGGUUCGCAAACACGGAGACAUAAUGCGAGAAAGUUGGAAAAACAUAUUGGAAAUAGUUUUGCAACUUCACAAAUGCAAACUCUUACCCAAAUCCCUCAUAGAAGCCGAAGACUUUUUAGAACACAAUAAAAAAAUUAUUUUGAUGAGAGAAGAAAUUCCAUCGCAAAAAACGGAAACGGGACUCUUGAGUUCUUUGUAUUCUUACAUAGCUUUGGGAGCGGAAGCAUCGAGUCACAGAGCUCCGUCGAUGGAAGAUCAGGAACACAUGAAAAUAGCUCGUCAUUGCAUCAAAGAAUGUAAAAUAGAUCAGAUAAUAACGGAAUCGAAAUUUUUGAGAAUGGAUUCUUUACUCGAGCUCAUCAAAUCGUUAAUUUCGGCUUCCCACGGUCCCGGAAGUAAUCAAUUCAAUGAGGACGCGACGGUUUUCUUCCUAGAAAUCCUCGUUAAAAUUGUCAUACAGAACAGCGAUCGAGCCAAUGGGAUUUGGUUAAAUAUUCGGGAUCACAUUUAUAGUUUAAUUGUGGGAGGUUCGGCAUGCGAUCAUUAUUACCUGACGGAAAGAGCGGUUGUCGGCUUAUUGCGGCUCGCCAUUCGUCUCAUGCGUAGAGAGGAAAUGAGUUUGGUCGUUUUGCAAUCCCUCAGAAUGCUUUUACUCUUGAAAAAUAAUAUCCUGCAAAGAAUAUCUCGUCAAAUUGCGUACGGUUUAUACGAGCUAUUGAAAACGAGCGCUGCCAACAUUCACACGAGCACGGAUUGGACAAUUAUAUUUACCUUGUUGGAAUGCGUGGGUGCCGGAGCGCCCCCUCCUAAACUGGUUGGAAACAAUUCUCAGAAUAACGUUAAUAACGGUGCGAAAUCAGACGGUGAUUUAGGAUCAGGAAAUGAAGAUAGCGGGCUGGGAAACGACAGAGGCUACACUUCUGAUUCGGAAAUUCACCUACGACAAAAACCAAGUCCUUCCGUCAGCCCGGAAAUGUCUCCGAACGUGGGAGGCGGUUGGAUUUUGGUCGGAAACGAAGGCGACAUUCAACCGGUUCCUUCGCGAAACGCUCAUCAAAACAAUGCCGAUUUCGAACAGGAAUUGAUGUUUCACGAUCCGUUCGCUUUGGUCAAAUGUUGCGAGAGUUUAGCGUUUUUAGUCAGAGACGUUGCUCACAUCACUCCAUUUAAUUUUGAAUAUUGCGUGCAUUGUAUAAGAACGUUCGUCGAGGCCAGUCUAAACGGAACGGAUAAAAAGAAAAUCAAGAAAUCGAAUUCCGCGAAAGAUCCAAAAUCAAGGAAAAAAUGGAUGAAAAAAAAAGAGGAAAAAAUAAGGAGUCCACAAUUGAGUCCGACAAGUGCCUACGAUGCGGAUGAAAGCGAUUCCGAAGAAUUUCCCAGCGGAUACCAUCAAAUAAGCAUUCAAUUAUUGGAUUUAAUGCACACUUUACACACGAGAACGGCUCAGAUUUUCCGAUGGUGGGCCGCCGAAAACGCAGACACGAAUUUCACUUCCCUAUGGUUCCAAGGAUGGUGUCCUCUACUGCAGGGUAUUGCGAGACUCUGCUGCGAUUCUAGAAAACAAGUACGCAUGAGCGCCAUAACUUACCUUCAAAGAGCCCUUUUGGUUCACGAUUUACAAACUCUCACGGCCGAUGAAUGGGAAUCGUGUUUCAACAGAGUUUUGUUUCCUCUCCUUGCAAAAUUAUUAGAAUUGAAUUUUUUGGAUGAACCGCACCUGGAAGAAACGAGAGUGAGAGCAGCUACGGUUUUAUCAAAAGUUUUCCUACAUCACUUGACUCCUCUCUUGUCCCUUCCGACAUUCACGACGCUUUGGCUCAACAUUUUGGAUUUCAUGAAUAAAUACAUGCUCGUGGAGAAAAGUGAUCUUCUGUUCGAAGCGAUUCCCGAAUCGUUGAAAAACAUGCUCUUGGUUAUGGAUUCGGCUCAGGUAUUUGUCGGGUCCGACGGAUACCUACCUCUGUGGGACGUGACGUGGGAGCGAAUAAACAGUUUUCUUCCCGGUUUGAAAGAAGAAUUUUUCAAGGCUCAAUCUGCUAUUCCCAAACCCGACGAUAUCGUAUCACCCGUCAUAAAAGCAGCAGAUGAGCAACCCGUACUUUCUUCGGGUUCUCCCCCUCCUCCGCCGUCACCGCCACCACCUCCUUCUCCUUCGUCUCCUCCUCCUCCUUCUUCUGUUCCUCCUCCUCCUCCUCCUCAUCCUAAUAAAACCGAAUUUUCGGAUUCUGGAAAUCAGUCGCAGUUAUUGAAUCAAAUUUCAACUUCACGAGGUACCAGCAUUAUUUUGCAACCACCUUCGUCUUACGCUCAUACUUUUACUACUCCGAUAUUAAAUCAUCUUGGUCAGCAGUUAAUGACGACAAGCAUAUCAGGACAAUUGCCAAAUUCGUCCGUUUCACUCGUGCCGACGGCGGCAAGUUCUCAAUCGCAAGAACAAAAAAUUCCGUUAAUAGUACCAACCGUCGUACCGGGUGUCGCUGCCAAAAUCCCAAAAGAAUUCGUUUAUUCGCACGAGAAUUUCGUAUCGAUAUCAAAAGACGGGAAACCGUCUUCGGAGGAACGUUCGGCAAACCGAGACAGUGACGGAUCGAACGAGAACAAAGUUUCAGAAAUCGUCGUACCGCAACCGGUAACAAUGACGUCAUGCCUUCUGCCGCCGCCCACGUCGUCGUCGUCGUCGUCGUCGUCGUCGUCGUCGACGGUGACGCAAACUCCGGAUCCCCCCCUUUCAAACGUUCAAAAUUUCGGAUCACGAAAUUCUUCUUUCGUUCCCUACGUAAAUCUCAACAAUUAUUCGUCGAUCCGUUCGCACGUUCCCUCGUCCGAGGCCCUAUACAUUCCUCCGACGAGUCACAUAACGGCUCCCGUACAAAUGUAUUCCUCCCCGGGAUUGGAUCAGGACGAUCGUAACAAAUCUUGGUCUUUUCGGCCGUCGGAAAUGAUGACGUCACCAGACGACAGCAGUAAUUCUUCAGUUUUGUCUCAGUAUUUUUCACAGCAGAACCAACAACCGGAUGCAUUCGAUAAUCUCUUAUCAAAAACGAACCUGGAAAAACAAUCGGAAAACAACAAGACGUAG